AUGACACAAGAGAUCCCACAAUGUGAGGGCCUCACAACCAAACAACCACACUCACCAUGUGAGGACCCCACAACCAGACAACCACACUCACCAUGUGAGGACCCCACAACCAGAGAACCACACUCACCAUGUGAGGACCCCACAACCAGACCCACACUCACCACCAGACAACCACACUCACCAUGUGAGGACCCCACAACCAGACAACCACACCCCACAACCAGACACCAUGUGAGGACCCCACAACCAGACAACCACACUCACCAUGUGAGGACCCCACAACCAGACAACCACACUCACAAUGUGAGGACCCCACAACCAGACAACCACACUCACAAUGUGAGGACCCCACAACCAGACAACCACACUCACCAUGUGAGGACCCCACAACCAGACAACCACACUCACCAUGUGAGGACCCCACAACCAGACAACCACACUCACCAUGUGAGGACCCCACAACCAGACAACCACACUCACAAUGUGAGGACCCCACAACCGUAA